UGCGAUCCGAUCCACCGUUUGAUUCAUUUCCCCACUUGAUCUACAUUGAACAACCAUGGGACGUAGCGCAAAGUUCUUUAAACGACCAACCCGAAAGGAAAAGGAACAGCGAGCUUUGAACCCCACCAUUGCUCCAGUGGAUGGAGGCAUUUCCAAAAACAAGAAGCAUGCCAACGUUCGAGAAGAAGCGAAGAAGGCGCUCGAACAGACGCUGAAGGAAGGUCACAUCGCCGACCAAGACAUCGAUAUGGGUGACACUAAAGCUAAUGCGGAAACCCCUCUGAAGCAGAAGGAAGAAGAGGUCGAAAAGAGAGAUUAUGUUGAUAUAUUGACAGGCAAGCGAACCUACCGAAAACCCACUGGCAAAUUCAACAAACGACACACUAUUAAAUAGAUUUACAAACCUCACUUCACUCUACAUUACAACUGCCCCCCCCCGUCAACAAAAGGAUACCUGUUAAGCAAUUAUCAAAAUAAAGAACUUUUUUAUAAUAAGAAAAGAGGAAAAUGU